UAAGACCGAACUCGAUCGACUCGUCGAAGAGAUUCGUAUAAAAAAAUCAGAAGUAGCCUCACUCGAAGACUAUUCUAAGAAAGAAUUUCAAGAUGUGCGUAAAAUGAAACAUUUAUCCUUCCGAUCAGCAGCAGCGACAUUGUCCGGUAAGAAAAAGGAACUCGUUGCAAAGGAAGAAGCAAAAUACCAUCUUGCCUUUGAAAAUGAGCAACGAGCAAGGCGAGAUCUGGAUGUACUUGAGACGAAAUAUGAGACGACAAAAUCCAAAGAACAAGAGCUGUCGCAACAAAAAUCACAUUUUGAAGAAAUAAAAUAUCAGUAUGAUACAUUAUUAGAACAGAUUUUUACAUUAGAUGAUCCAAUGUUCCCUUUGGAACCUCGUUUAAAAGCAGAAUUAGCAAAUUACAAAGAGCAGCGCUUAUUGGCAAACAGGGAUCGAGGGCGGUUUAUAGAAGCGGAAAAGGCGCUAGGAACCUGUCUGGUGGACACUAAAAAGGUGAUCCGGCUAUUGGAUACUGUGGUUAACUACGUGCCUUUUGAAAUUUUUGGUGGGCCCAUUAUUGAUGAAGAACAAAUAGCUUACUUGGAUGCGGCAAAACGAAGAGUUUGGGAAAUUCAAAGGCUAUUGAAUAUAGCAAGAACUGUGUUACCUGAAAUCCCUUAUCCUCAAACAUUAGACGUUGUUACAAACAAUCCAUUGUUACAGAUGCAGAUCACCUUGACCUAUGUCGAUAUAUCAUGGAAAGCAAAAACAACCCAAUGUUUUGGCAUGUUGGCUACUGCCUAUCGAAAUAUUCAAAAUUCGCUUACUUGGGUAAAGCAAUAUCUACAAUAUGCAACUACUGCUCUUGGUAGAUUGAAUGAAGCGCUCGAUUCGACAAAGGUGGCAUUAUAUAAUGAACGCCGUAGAAUAAUCGAAGCGGUUUUGGCCUCAUCUGAUGGAGCAAACCUGCCUUCAUUUACUACGACUUAUCACGGUAGUAGUGAACCUCCUCCUCCCGUGUACGAAGCUCCAGCAGAUAAUAAUUCAGACUCGCACGAGAACCAACAAAAUCAUUUGCCAAACAUCCCAAACAAUUUGACUCCAGCUGCUUCUAUAUCAGAUUUCCCGCUAGGAAAUGAUUCGCCCGUUAUGCCUGCAGCACAACAUUUGUCGACCAGUGAUAGUACUGUUCCCCCGCAUCCGAUCACCCCAGUUUUUGGUAACACAAAUAUGAGCCCCUCGUAUGUGUCUACAAAUGUAAAUAAUCCAUUUAAAUAAAUAAAUGUCACAUUGAUGAUGCUGCAAAGUAUUAAUAGAAUUAAGUUUGUUUCUUUUAUUUAUUUCAGUAUGUAAAUGGUAAUGUAACAAAAUAUGUAGAGUGAGGGAAUAUAUAUACAAUUUAAGUGGAAGAGUCUAUUUUAUCAAAAAAAGAUAAUGAAAUUAGCUUUAGAUCAUGUUGUAUGUGAUUAGUUAUAUAACUUACAGCCAAUGAUACCACAAGCAGCACGGUCACCAGCGUUACCAGUGGUGUUGGAUAAAGG